AUGUUGCGUCGAAUUGUUUUAUUCACCAUCCUCGUCAGUUCGACACUUUGUCAAACACCAGUCAUUGGUGGAACUUGUAAACUUGGCACCGCUGAUGUUCAGAUCGGUGGAAAACAGACGCAGUUCUUCUUGAAAUGCGAAACCACUGCAGAGUGAGUUCUUUACAUCAUUAUUUUUUAAGAUUAGUUAUUCAAUUAAUUAUUACAGUAGCGCUGAAGGUGAAGGUGUCUGGGUAGUGAAAUCGCGUGCCGCUGCCGCUGCUCCAGCUACUCCAGUCGUUGUACCAGCCGAAAACACCCAACCACAACAACACCCAAAAGCCAGAAAACCGGCAUCGCCAAACAUUUGUGGUACGUUUCAAGAAAAUAGAAAGUCGUGAUGAGCCACAACAAAAAUCUAUCUCGCCGUGAGCACUCUAUCUCUAAUCUGACCAAAAACAAACAAACAAACACUUUUCUUCUUCUUCAUCUUCUUCUCCUCCUAAUGUGCUGACCAGCUACCGGUCAAACAAGGAACCUAUUUAGAAGUGAGUGAGUGUAUGUACCGAAGUUGUGUACGCGAGAGAGCACCGUGUGAGCCAGCCACUGAUAAGUGCGAUGAUGAUGAGUUAAGAAGAAGAAGAAGAAGCGGAGACUAAGUGAUGCGCGACUAUACUUUAAUCAAAUAUAAAAUUGUUAUGCGGGUUAGGAAUUCGAACGGAGAAGAGGGGGGUGCACUUUUGAACUGUUCGGAUAAUUUUGAUAAGAGGAUUUGAGCUAAAUUCUUAUGAUAAGCUUAAAGUUAAUUAUAAAUUUCUUAAUUUGAAAAAAAAGCUGAGGUCUAGAUUUUAGAAAAAAAAAUUUUGAAGCUCCAAGUAUUGUUCAAUUCGUGUUGUCAUUCACACAGACGCACAUUCUUGAAGUUUAAACUGAGCAUCACAAAAUAAGCUUCUCAGAAAGCUUUUAGGCUAAAAACAUUUGACAUUCUUUAGUUUCAUCGAAAUUGCAUUUAGGUUCUAAUGUUUUAUAAUCUAUUUAGAGCUCUGAAUUACAAAGCCUGAAUUUCUAUUUAUUUUUUGUUGAAACUCAAAGCUUAGUCCAGUUUAGAUUGUGUGCAUAAGUUCCAAAGUUCCCGAUUCUGAGCAACACACACCAAUAUAAAAAUAAAAUUUUCCGAUCAAAGACCUUGAAAAAAUUUCUGGCCACUUUCUCCCCGCCAUACAAAAUCGCAUAUAUUUGUUUAUCCAAAAAUUAUUAUUAUUAUUACAUAAUAAUUCUUGCUUGCUUGCCGCGCGCAACAUAAAAAUCUACUAUUUACACAACAAUCAUCUCUCUUUCUCUUCAGAAGCCUGAAAAGUUUCAAUUCUUCCUUCAACCAUCACCACUUUUAUAUACACAUUUAAAUAUAUAUAUAUAUAUACAGAUUUAUAUUUAUAUUCAUUUAUUUAUUUGCCAAAAACAAACACAAAAAAUAGCAAGUUUUUGUGAGGUGAGUGAGGUGCGCGCCGCCGCCGCGCGCAACGACCAGCUUCUCCCUCCUCACUUGGAGACGCGAGAGCGGGGUUCAAUUAUUAUGGGCUCUCGUGACCAAGAGGUCAAAAACAAACAAACCGGUUGGCUGGGCUCGCGGGAACAGAAAAAACACAUACAUACUCAAAAGCACUUGAAAAUACCCAUGCAAAAAAUAAGAAAAAAAUCUUGAAUUCCAAAAUUUAUUUCAGAGCAAGACAAUGGAGCACGCGAGAAUGAGGCGUGCGCUGUUUCAGCCACAUGUCUUCAAGCUCACAACGAAUUCCCAUCAUCAUACCUUCAAUGUGAUCAAACGAACCUCCGAUGGGUCAGAAAAUCGUGUCAAGAGGGAUUCUUGUUCAACUUCGAGCAACAAACUUGCAUCGUUCCAAAGAGAAUGAGCUCGCUUUCUCGUAAGUCUUAAAUUAUUUUAUUUUUUCUCAACUUCUUCUAACAUCCCUAUUCUAACAAUCCCUCAGAAAAUUGUUCAAAAUGCCCACUUGGAACAGCAUGUCGAGGUUCCAAAUGUGUUCCAUUAACAACAUCUAGUAGGUUUCUACCCUCAACUAAUCUCUCUAACACUUUUCCCAUAACAGAUAUUUGUUCGGAUGGUUCUCCACCCAAUGGAACAUGCGGCAGAUCUGCGAAACCUUGUGCAAUAGGGCAUUUUUGCACCGCGCAACAAGUUUGCUGUCCAAUCACAGCUUUACACAAUUCUCUGGGUUGUAGUCUAGUUUGCACAAUCGAUGAAGCUUGUCCAAAAGGAUUGGCUUGUCAAAAUAAUUGUUGCGAGCCAAGAAAAUUACUACGAUCUCCAACCUCUGGUUAUGAUGAGAAUUUGGAAGGAGUAGAAGAUGAUAUAACAUCAAAUGAUUUAUUUGUGAUGCCAUUUGAUCCUCUGGAAAAUUCGAUGGAUCCUUUGGUAGAAGAACCUACGACAACUAUGAAACCUAUUGAAAAGUGUAAAGGUUGGUUAUUCCCUUUCGAAAUAAUUCAAAAAACCAGAACCUAUUUUUUCAGAAUCUUUGUCAUGUUGGGGAACAAAUGCGAAUUGCACAUCUGAUGAUGAAUGUCCAUCUUCAUUCAAAUGCGAUAAAUCUUGUUGUCGUCUAGCGCAAUGCCCAAAAACUCAACUUCCCGUAAAAUUCACAUGCUCUUCACAAUAUCAUUGUCGAGCAAAUGAGAGAUGUAUUUUCGGAGGAUGUUGUCCGAAAACUGUUGAUCUUGCUGUGAUUCGAAAACCUACAAUUAUCUCAAAUCAGGAGAAAAAUCUAGAAUGUGAUAUAGAUGAUCGUGUGGAACAUUGUGAUAUCGAUAUAGUUUGUCCAGAAGCUUCGGAAUGUGUUGAUGGAAAAUGCUGUAAACUUCCACCAUCUGCAAAAUGCGGAAACGGAUUGAUGGCUUUAACUAUCCCAAGUUUCUGUGAACUGGGAGAUGAUUGUCCCAUCGCUUCACGAUGUGAAUAUGGAAAAUGUUGUCCGCUAUCUAGUGAGGUAGAAUCGGAAGUGGAAACUGAAACUGAGCCGGAAUCUGAAGCGGAUCUCAAUGAGAACAAUUUUGUAGACAUUGAGGAACCUUCUAAAGAAAUUGUAUCUACUCCAAUUUUAAAGAGUGAAAUAACCUCAACCUCCACAAAAAUCUGGAAAUCGAAAAAAGGAAUAUCUACCCCGAAAUCGAAUUGUUUGUCAUCAUCAAAAUGCGAUUUACACACUCUGUGCCCUCCAAAGUUCACAUGUUCUCUCACUGGCAAAUGCUGUAAACUUGAGGAAAAAUGUGGUGAUGGAACGGUUCCGGAAACUUCAUGCGAUCCGAAAAACCCGAUAUGUCCUUCAUCUUCACAUCAUUGUCAAUUGCUAAGCAAAGACAACUAUGCUUGCUGUACAAGUAGUUCAACCAGUUUUAGUAUAUCGAAUAGUGAUUGUCCUUUGGGAUCAUCGGAAGUUGAUCCGCGAUUCGGAACAUCGUGUCGAUACAGUCUUCAAUGUCCUUCGCCAUACUUUUGCAAUUCUCGCGGGCGAUGUUGCCAAGUUUCCGCCAAGAAAACGCAUGUCUAGAUACUAAUAAAUUAUUUAUUUUACUAACCAUAACCUUUCUUAAUUAAUUUGAACUAAAAUGAAAAAUACAACAAAUCAAAUAUAAAAUCUUAGGUCAACAAGCCAGCGGACUCGUCUGUACCUUCUCAAGCUGCUCAAACUCCAACCCAUGCUCAGUCGGAACCUGUAACAAUGGAUAUUGUUGCUCGAGCAACUCCAAUUCCGCCCCAGCCAUCAUUGGUGAGUUACGCCAACAACAACAACAACAGCAACCAGACUCACCAAAUAAUCUAACCACCACAAUUGCACCAAACACAAGUUCAGAUAGCACCAAUACAACUAACAAACUUGUUGCACCUUUAGCCGAUUUUCCAAUUGGUCCACCGGGUUACGGUUUCCCAGCCCAUUUGGCACAACUGGAUCAAGUUCUAGUGAAAGCCUCGGGUGAUGGGAUUUCCUGUGCCGGUGGUUUCCAAUCAUCACUUUUCUGCUCAAUCGGUUCAGCUGAAUGUCCAGCUGGUUUACAUUGCGAUAAAUCGAUUAACAUGUGUUGUCCGCUUAUUUUACCGCUUACCGACCCAAAAAACCCAAAGAAAUUGAAGCGACGAAGACAACAAAAGAAAGAUGAUUCAGAGGAGAAACCGGAGAAGCUGACAUUUCGAAGCAGUAAAUUUACAUGCAUGCAUUUGCACCAAACUUUUUUACUAGAUUGAGAAUAAAGUUCAAUAUUUUCAGUCUCCGGAGGAUCAAGCGGAUGUCCAGGAUGUCAACAAGCCCCACAAAUCAUCACUAUCCGUAAGUUCCUUGAUAAAAAUAGCGCUCAAAAAUAUAUGAAACAUUUUUAGCACAAAACUCGUGCCCAGGAGGUGGUUACUCUGUUGGUGGAUGUAGCUCAGGAUAUUGUGCCACCGGUUACUCUUGUAUUCAAAACCAAUGUUGUCCAUCAUACUCAUCUGCCCCAAGAAUCUCGGUAUAUACCUGCUCAUCGGGUGGAUCUGCCGUCGGAGCUUGUAUCUCUGGACGUUGUGCCACUGGUUACGCUUGUCAAAACAACGUUUGCUGUCCAUCAACCACCACAACCAACCCAUUCAUCUGCUCAGAUGGAACACAAGCUGUCGGAGGAUGUGUCAACGGACAAUGCGGUACUGGAUACACUUGCUCAAAUGGACUUUGCUGUACUGGAUCAUCAACCACUGUCAAAUGUUUGGAUGGAUCUGACGCCGUUGGAGCGUGUAUUCCAUCAUGUCAAGGAGACGGAUGCGGAGGUGUGACAGUCUCAUACUAUUGCGGUUCGGGAUACACAUGUACCACUGGUAAUAUUUGCUGUGCUAUCAACAGUUGUCCAAAUGGAGGAGAAGUUUUGGGCCCAACCAUCAACGGACUUUGCCCAACUGGUUAUACCGCUCAAGGAGGUGUCUGUUGUAGUGCUUUGUGUUCUGACGGAACAUCAGGAAUCGCCGCCGUUAAUGGAGCCUGUAUCACCGGAUACACUUACACCAACGGAGUUUGCUGUGCCUCAACAUCAACUGUUACCUGCUCUGACGAAAUCUCUAUCGGCCCAUGUAUCGGCUCAGGAUACAACGGUGGAUGCCCAGUCGGUUACACUUGCGAUUCCAGCGCCGUCAAUUGCUGUCCAGUCGUCGAUUACUCCAGUGAAGCCUGUCAAGUCGGACCAGCCAUCGAUGGAUUGUGCCCACCAGGAUACGUUGUUGUCUACAUUCCAAACAGUCCACUUAUCUCCAAUGGUGUCAAUCCAGGAACUUGUAUCGAUGUUCAAUGUAGUAAGUAGAACUAUUUUGUAUUUUUAAAUAUUUCAAAAAUCCUUCUAAACCCUUUCAUUUUCAGCCACUGGUUUGUGCGCCGCCGCCGAUCAAAUCGGAGAAUGCGAUCAAAGUAGCGACGCCGGAACCUGUCCAACUGGUUACACUUGCAACACUAAUGCUGGUAUUUGCUGUAGUUCCACAACAUUCAGCCGUCUUCGUAUCGGCAAAGCUCGUCCAAUGGUUCAACGACCAAACUACGGUAGACCACUUAACAGCUACAUGCCACGUGAGUUUUUAAAAUUAUUCAGAAUAGAAUAGAAUACGGGUAGAAUAGGUCCUCCCAAUCCCUAACUGCAUGCAUAAAAUAUUUGUGUUCUCUCAGCUCGUCAAUGCGCUGACGGUUCGCUUCCAUCGGGUGCUUGCAUGAAUGGUUUGUGUGGAAUCGGUCUCGAAUGUCAAAAUGGUCAAUGCUGUCAGCCAGGACAAUCGAAAAACAAGCUCCAAAGUAACAACAAUUCCCUAUGCAUGAGAGGUCUUUGUAAAACAAAACUUUUGUAGGUAAAUGCCCAUCAGGUGAUACCGCCGUUUCGGGAUGCUUCCCGAAUGGUUCAUGUGGAACUGGUUACGAAUGUGUCAGCUCAUUGAAUUUGUGUUGCCCACCAGGACAACCAACCAUCAACAACUUCAAUAAUAACAAUAAUAAUUUUGGGGGAUUCGGGUCAGUUCGUAAGUUUCUUUGAAUAUAUUUUUUUUUCAACAACUUAAAACGGUUUGGUGUGCUGAUUUUUUGCAUGUGUUUUCGUUUUUAGCAAACUCAAAUUCCAUCCGACCCAUCGGAUCUCGGUGCCAAUUUGAUGGCGAAUGUGUAGGAAACGGUGAAGGUCUCUCAAUGUGUCACGCGGGAGUUUGUCAAUGUUCACCGAUUGCCUACUCACAGGGUAUCGCCUGUAUCCGAAGACACGGUAAGUUUACUUGAUUGCAUGUUUGAACUAACAAUCUCUCAGAGCAGGUAGACCUUUAGAACGUAUCUAGAAUUUUGAAACCCUAAUCAAAAAAUAAUAAAUUUUAGCAUUCCAAAUGAACGACGAGCCAAUCAACGACGCCGCCGACGAGAAAUCGAGCAACACCAUCAGCGUAUAA